AUGAUAAACACGCUGGAGUCAUUGGACGCUGUGAAUGGCGCGGUUGGAGGCACAUCCUGCAAGCUUGUCGUCGUAAGGUUUGGGGACAGAGGCGAUCCGUUGUGUAUCCACAUGGAUGGACUUUUAGAGAGGAUAUGCUUGGCACUUUCCAACUAUGUUGAGAUAUAUGUCUGCGAACGAAGUUCCGUCCGGGAGCUUGUAGAUCCAAUGGGGUUAGAUUCACCUGUAAACAUCAUGUGCUUUUUCAACAGGAGGCAUAUAAAAAUAGACUGCUCAAGCGGCGAUAACGACAAGAUAAACUUUUUUAUAGAGAAUGAGGAGAUGCUCAUCGAGCUGUUUACGCUGGCCUACAAGGCAGGGGUCAAAGGGAAAGGAAUCGUGAGGUCACCAUUCAAGCUCAGAGAGCUGCAGGGUGAAAUAUAA